AUCACACGGAACCCAAGGCAAGCGCGCGGCCGUCAAUGGCACUGAGUAGUGCACGUAACCUGUCUUUAACAUGCAGCUGGGAACGCUAACAAGGCUCGAAAUUCAACUCAGAUAACCAAAAGUCUGGUCGCACUCAUUUUGUCGUUGAGCCGAUGUGAAACAGCAUGUCAAAUAUGUUCGUUCCAGCUCGUAUUCCCAGACGAGAGCCGUUGAGGGCAGACCUGACCGUGUGAAUUGAACCGCAUUAGCUAGUCAGCUAGCUGGGUUUACCUUUAGCUGCGCUAGUCGAAACGAGCUAAUAUCACCAACGGUCCAAAUAAUUAGAUGUUUAGCGACUGGGUUCUCGUCAGAAAGUCACACUUGACAACCGCCUGGACCGUGGCGUCUACUGGAAGGGGAAAUUCGACUUAAGAAAUACGGUGGCCUAAGCCAUGGGGGCAUUUUUAGAUAAGCCCAAAACAGAGAAAUACAAUGCGCAUGGGAAUGGGAACGGCCUGCGUUUUGCCCUCAGCAGCAUGCAAGGAUGGAGGGUGGAGAUGGAGGAUGCGCACACUGCAGCCGUAGGCCUGCCGCAUGGCCUGGAAGACUGGUCCUUCUUCGCCGUCUAUGAUGGGCAUGCUGGCUCGCGUGUCGCUAACUACUGUUCCAAACACCUGUUGGAACAUAUCGUCGCUGCGGGGUCAGCAGAUGAACUGCGGAAGGCUGGAGCUUCGGCACCCGAGACACCAGUCAUACAAGCUGUGAAGAGAGGUAUCCGUGCCGGCUUCCUGAGGAUUGAUGAACACAUGCGCAGCUUCACAGACCUGAGAAAUGGCAUGGACCGCAGCGGUUCUACCGCUGUGGCUGUGCUGCUCUCCCCAGAACAUCUGUACUUCAUUAACUGUGGGGACUCACGGGCCCUUCUCUGCCGCAAUGCGCACGUCUGCUUCUCCACGCUGGACCAUAAGCCCUGCAACCCACGGGAGAAGGAGCGUAUACAGAAUGCAGGUGGCUCUGUGAUGAUCCAGAGGGUUAACGGAUCGCUGGCUGUAUCCCGAGCACUUGGUGACUAUGACUACAAGUGUGUAGAGGGCAAGGGCCCCACAGAGCAGCUCGUGUCACCAGAGCCUGAAGUAUUUGAAAUCGCUCGGUCAGAUGCGGAGGAUGAAUUUGUGGUGCUGGCGUGUGACGGUAUUUGGGAUGUGAUGAGCAAUGAGGAGCUGUGUGCCUUUGUGCGAUCGAGGCUGGAGGUGACGGAUGACCUAGAGAGAGUGUGCAAUGAGGUUGUAGAUACCUGUCUACAUAAGGGAAGUCGAGAUAAUAUGAGUAUUGUAUUAGUCUGUUUGCCACAUGCACCCCAGGUGUCAGAGGAGGCGGUAAAGAGAGAUGUGGAGUUGGACAAGUACCUUGAGUCACGUGUGAAAGAGCUAAUUGAGAAAGCAGGGGAAGACGGUGUGCCUGAGCUGGCGCAUGUCAUGAGCAGCCUGUCCCAAGAAAGCAUCCCCAGUCUCCCACCAGGGGGCGGCCUUGCCAGCAAGCACAGUGUUAUUGAAGCGGUGUACAACUGUUUGAUCCCCCAAAGAGAAGAGGAUGGUCCCAGCUGUUUCAUUUGAGUGCUGCUGACCUUGAGGACCCGUGGUAGCCAUCCCACCGGAGGAAAGAGCACCUUUUCUACACAAGACAUUAGUCAUGUUUCUUUUGUCCCAGUGAAACCAAGAGAUUCAACGGACGUUCCUUCAAGAGUCACAACACAAUGGAGAAACAGUACAACCAAAAGCAUUACAAACACGCUUUUUUCUAUUAUAUGAGGGAAAGAAUGGAGUUCCAGUUUUUAAAAACUUAAACACAACAAUAACAAAAAACACAUCAUACAAUAAAAAAACACUUUUUCUCA